UGAUAUGUGCCACAAUUACUAAACACGUCCCCGUAUCCCCAAUUCUCAGAAAACCCUAAACGAAGGGAGCUCUCUAGGGUUUCACACCAGCAUUAACGUACUCCAGGGUUCGCAAUUCCGCUAACAGCCCUCCGUGCAAAACUGCAUGGCGAUGGACUUCGACGAGUAUGAUUAUCUGGAGAAGGCUGUGGAAGAGACCAACGGUCCAUCUUCGAAGAGCAAGGACAAAGACAGAGAAAACAGUCCAUCCGAGAAGGAGAAGAGCGAGAAAAGCUACCGAAGGAGGGAAAGGGACGAGAGCGACGAUAUAGCCGAUGAGGACGGCAGAGAUCGCAAGAGCAGUAAAAGAUCUCGGGGUGGAGAUGAAGAGAACGGGAGGGAGAAGGAUAGAGACCGGGAAAGGGAUAGAGAUAAGGAGAGGUCGUCGCGGCAUAGAAGUCGGGAUAGAGAGUCCGACAGAGACAAAGAGAGGAGCUCAAGGGAUAGGGAGAAGAAAGAAAAGGAUAAGGAGAGGGAUAAGGAUAGAGAUAAGGAUAGGGAUAGGGAGAGGAGAGACCGGGACAAGGAGAGGGAGAGGGAACGGGAGAGGAGAGAGAAGGACAGGGAGAAGGAAAGGGAGAGGGAGAGGAGGAGCCGCAGUCGCUCGAGGCUCGAUCGUGAAAGAGAGAGGGAACUGCUGAGAGAGCGAGAGCGUGAGCUUGAAUUAAGAGAUAACAGGCGGUUUAAGGAAAAGAAGGAGACAGCAGAGCCAGAGGCUGAUCCAGAAAGAGAUCAAAGAACUGUUUUUGCUUAUCAGAUGCCCCUGAAGGCAACUGAAAGGGAUGUGUAUGAGUUCUUCUCACAAGCUGGAAAGGUGAGGGAUGUACGUCUGAUCAUGGACCGAAAUUCAAGGAGAUCAAAAGGAGUUGGGUAUAUUGAAUUUUAUGAUGCCAUGUCUGUCCCAAUGGCAAUUGCCUUAUCUGGACACUUACUGCUUGGGCAGCCUGUUAUGGUUAAGCCUUCAGAAGCUGAAAAGAAUCUUGUUCAAUCAAAUACUGCUGCUGGUGGAGCAGGUGUUACUGGACCAUAUGCUGCCUCAGAAAGGAAAUUGUAUGUUGGAAAUCUGCACUUCAACAUGACAGAAUUACAGCUUAAACAGAUUUUUGAAGCUUUUGGUCCAGUUGAGCUUGUGCAGCUACCUACCGAUCCAGAAACAGGACAUUGCAAAGGUUUUGGCUUUGUUCAAUUUGCUCAACUUGAACAUGCUAAGGCAGCACAGAGUUUGAAUGGAAAACUGGAGAUUGCUGGUCGAACAAUCAAGGUUUCAUCUGUUACUGAACAUGUUGGGGUACAAGAUUCAGCAGCCAAAACUGCAGAUUUUGAUGAUGAUGAAGGGGGUGGACUGGCAUUAAAUGCACAGUCAAGAGCAAUGCUGAUGCAGAAGUUGGAUCGGAGUGGCAUAGCCUCCAGUAUUACGGGUUCACUUGGGGUGGCUGGGCUUAAUGGUGCAGCUCCAUCCCAGGCAGCUAUUAGCUUGCCAAUUGGUGGGGCACCUGCUAUUCCUGCCCCAAUCCUUCCAGCUCAAGUUGUUGCUGCUAUGGUUCCUGAACCUGUUGGGAAUCCCAGUGAGUGUUUGCUGUUGAAGAAUAUGUUUGAUCCAGCUAUGGAGACUGAUCCAGAGUUUGAUUUAGACAUUAGAGAUGAUGUACAUGAAGAAUGUUCCAAGUAUGGUGCUGUCAAACAUAUUCACGUGGACAAGAAUAGUGCUGGAUAUGUUUAUCUGCGAUUUGAUAGCGUGGAGUCUGCAUCUCGUGCUCAACAAGCAAUGCAUAAAAGAUGGUUUGCGCGCAGAUCAGUUUCAGCCAUCUUUUUGCAACCAUACGAGUAUGAUGCCAAGUUCAAAGGUGCAGCUUGAACAAGCAAUGAUAGAGUGAGGGUUGGGAGCGGUAAUUUUGAUUUCCCUGUUUUGGUAUCAUCAGUUAAAUCUCGUCGUCUAUUGUUAAUGUAUUGUCCAAAUAGUUACUGGAUUGGAUUGGAUGUUAAAAUGUAUUUUUUUUUUUCCUUUUUGGUAUGACUAUUUGUAAUUUAGUAGCAGUUGAGGAGAUGAUCAAAAAAAUUGUGGCAGCCACCAGCCAACCGCAUAAAAUUUCAUACUGUCAGCUACAGAUAUUUGAUAGAAACACAAUUGUUGGUUGAUAAGCUUAGACUAAUUAUUACGGCAAGUUAAGUUGUGAUGUAAUCUUUGGGUAUGCAAUGCAAUAUCUAUC